UCCGCAAAAACAUUCAUCUCCACCACAAAUGCAGAGGUUUCCUUGAGUUCACCCUCAACAUCCCCUCCAUUGACUACUCAUUUCACACAAACAUCUCCUGAACACAAAUCUGAAACAACAAUGAUUGGGACCAGCAUCACACAGCUCCCAUUGACUAGCGGGGAAACAUUUACAACAUUGAUGACCUCAUCAGCAGAUCAACAAUCUACAUCUGUUACGGCUGUUACACCAACAGAAAAAAUGGAACCAACAACUUCAACCUCAAUAUUAACAUCGAAUGGAGAAUCAAGUACUUCAAACUCUGAUAAAUCCACAACAACAUUCAUCUCCACCACAAAUACAGAGGUUUCCUUGAGUUCACCCUCAACAUCCCCUCCAUUGACUACUCAUUUCACACAAACAUCUCCUGGACACAAAUCUGAAACAACAGUGACUGGGACCAGCACUAAAAAACUCCCAUUGACUAGCCGGGAAACAUCUACCACGUCAAUGUCCUCAUCAACAGAGCAACAAUCUACAUCUGUUACGGCUGUGACACCAACACUACAUACUGUAUCAAUACCAACUUCAAAAGCUUUGACGUCAAUGGAAAUUAUCACCACGAACAAAUUUACAACAAAAGGUCCUUCAACAUCAACCAUCAUUCCCCUUUCAAAUACAACUUUGACAUCAACAACAUUACCUACAACAACUCCUCAGUGUCAUGAUUGUCAAUGUUUUCGGGGUACCUGUAAAUUCAACGUCACACUUGAAAGAUGUCAAUGCCUCUGUCAAGAAUUUGUUUUUGGAAAUUCCUGUUCUUUAGGAGAGAAUGACACAGCUGCUAAUAUUGAUACUGGGGCAUUGCCAACACGAAAAGCAAAUUUUUCUUUAGAAAUCCAGCUCAAUUUUAGCUUAGCUUUUAAUGAUCUUAGCUCCCCUCAAUCGUUGGAAUUCAUCAAAACAUUAGAACUACAGAUCGAAACUUUAUGCAAAGAAGCAGAUCCACAAACCUUUAAAAAAGUACAAGUCGUCAAGUUAUCACCAGGAAGUGUUGUUGCUGAGAGUGUGGUGGAGUACAUCUAUCCAAACAAUGAAUCUCAAAUCCUGUUUGUCAACACUCUGCUUGAUGGGAGGUUGACUAACAUCUUGAAUGACAGCAAAAACCUCAUGAAGAUUGCUAAGGCCUUUAAUAUUUCAGAAGUGCAGUUGAAUGAAAUCACUUUCCAGCCACCUGAGAUAAAAAACAUCAUAGAUAUAAAGCCUUUUGUAAACUGUUCUCACAACACUGAUUACACUCCUGAGAUUGUUAACGGUAAAUGGCAGUGUGCAGGACCUUGCAAAAACAACACAGAUUACUGUCACCAACAUGGUGAAUGUUACAAUGACAUUAAGAAGGGGGCGAUCUGUAGAUGCUUUGAGUCUAGCCUUGAGCAGUUUUAUGGCCCACAAUGUGAAGUCUCCCGUUGGGGUCCAGGUUUCUAUGGUGCACUGUUUGGAUCAUUGGCAGUAGUGCUCCUGCUCUUAAUUAUCAUCAUCAUUAUUGCUGUCAUCCUCAAAAAGAGACACAUGGGUGUUUGGAAAAGGAGCAACUCCUAUAACAGAAGACUGUCAGAUUUUGAAGAAGACUUCUUUGACUUCUCUGAUACAGGAAAUCACAACCUGGGACUUGCAGGUACUUACACAACAGAGCAACUACAAAGGAAUCACAGCUGAGUACAGGUCACACCAAAACUUCCAGAGGUUUUCAAACAUCAACCCAAGACUAUGGCGACAGAGCGCAACAUUUUGUUUUUAUACAAAUGGUUUUCCAGGGUGAUUGUGAAGAAUAUUACAAAUUGUAUGAGCUACCAACUUUAUAUUGCACAUAAUAUAUUAUAAUUGCAAUUUGUUGUUAAGAUAUUUAUGACUUUGUUUAUAUUAAUUGUAUUUCAAUAUUGUGGCCUAUCUUAAAAUAAUCAUGUCAAUUCAAUGACACUGCUGCUCUGCUGUAAAGUUCAAGGUAAUAUAUUUAGAGAUGUAAUUCUGUCCGUUGUUGAACACUUGGCCAAAGGUAAUUUUGCCUUCAUCUUUUGGUUAAAUGCCUUAUUGGGUACUUUUUUAUGUGAGUGUCUAGGGUGUCUGAAUUUGUAUUAAAUCAUCUAGGAAUCAAAA